CAUAUUCUGCCUCAUAGGUAUACUGAUGUUUCAUAUGAUCGAAAUUUUCUAUAAUCAUGUUGUCUCAGUGUAAAUUUUAGCCUAUCAAAAAUUAUGUUUACUGAUUGAAAAAGAUAGAUCCUAUUUAGGUAAUAAUUUUGGAAAUUUAAAAAAUUGUGAGAAUGAUUGAAACUAUUUUUGAAAUGGGUAAUAAAAAUCUAAUUCCUUUUUCUACAAAUAUAUUAAGAUUUCUGUGUCAGAUGGUUC